AUGGUCAUCCUAGUCAAAGAAACGAAUUACUUUCUACAUAUUAUAUUUAUAUUAACAAUGAAAGGUCCUGCACAGGGUUUCAAAAUAAGAGUACCUGAAAAUAUGGAAGCUAGAGGAAUGAAACUAAAUAUCCCUGAAGAGUGUGAAACAUUAGGAAUUUGCGAAAAUGUUCCGGACUAUCCGGAGGAUUUAGCAUCUACUCUUUUAGAACAGCUCCAAAAUAAAAAUAUCUUAUUGAAUAACGAUCCUAUGAAAUUGGGAUUACGGUCAAGAUUUGCCUCCGAUGUUGAAGAAAUACCGUUAUGUCCGUCAUUUCAGAAGGCUAUCUACCCGAAGGCAGCUAGAAAUAGAUAUGACGAAUGGCAAUUUAUAAUUAAUACAAACCAAACCGAUAAUGGUCAAAAAUUCGCAGCGGAAAUAUGCAGCGCCGGAUCGCACGCAACCCCCGAAAUAAGCAGUUGCUCGGCAAUAGCGCAUUUCUCUAGAAAACAUGAAGGAAAAUGCAUACAGAAAUAUAUUUUAAGAAAAAUGUUUGCCUUGGAUCCUACCACUAACACUGUUGUUGAAGAUUUUUUCCAAGUACCAAGCUGUUGUACAUGUAUUGCUCAGAAUAUUAUAGACGAUUAA